CGCCUAAUCAAUGAACCGCGAAGCACCAAAUCGGAACUUCCUGGAAAAAGAGUAGGACGAAUAUUAAUUUUUAUUUCCUGGUUUUGCUGUGUCUGUCGCUAGUCCUUGUGCAUGUCUUUGUUUUCUUCUCAGCGCUCCCAUGGCCAAACCCAAGGCUCCAAGACGAACCCUUGACUCUUAUACGGUCAAACACAUCAACAAAACCAUCCGAGCCGGGGACUGUGUCCUCAUGCGGCCGUCGGACCAAUCGAAGCCGUCUUACGUGGCGAAGAUCGAUCGGAUUGAAGCGGACGGCCGUGGGGCCAACGUGAAGGUCCACGUCAGAUGGUACUACCGGCCCGAGGAGUCGAUCGGCGGCAGAAGGCAAUUCCACGGCUCCAAGGAGGUUUUCCUCUCCGAUCACUUCGACGUCCAGAGUGCCGAUACCAUCGAGGGCAAGUGUACGGUCCAUACAUUCAAGAGCUAUACCAAGCUCGAUGCCGUCGGGAACGAAGACUUCUUCUGCCGUUUCGAGUACAAUUCCUCUACUGGAGCUUUCGAUCCCGAUAGAGUCGCCGUGUAUUGCAAGUGCGAGAUGCCUUACAACCCUGAUGAUCUAAUGGUUCAGUGUGAAGGGUGCAGUGACUGGUUUCAUCCUGCUUGUAUUAACAUGACUGUGGAGGAAGCUAGAAGACUAGAUCAUUUCUUUUGUGAAAAUUGUUCCUCUGAAGGUCAGAAGAAGUUGCAGGGUUCUCAUGCUUCCAGACACUCGGAUAUGAAGGUAUUUGCAUCCAUUGAAGUUCCCUCCGUUUGACAGCAUUUCGUUCCAUCCUGUGUUAGGUGGAGACAAAACGACGUCGGAGGUGACGAUACAUAAACAUAAGUUAGAGUUAUAACAAGAGGAACUGGAUCUUCUUUAUCUUCUAGUGUUGGGUAGGGUUCAAGCGAACACGGAGGCUCUAUCACUCACAGGCUCUGGUAUUCGGGAGUUGAUUGGUAGAGGGAAAAUGGUUUAAAAACGUCUGUCUUGUCUGGUUGUUUGAAGGGGGUAAUCACCCUUUUACCUUAGAGGUCAAGGAUGUGUUUGGUUGUCAGUAAUCAUGUAAUAUAAUCUCUCUUUCUUCAGUUUCUUGUUCAUGAAUCAGGAAUGUGUCUGCUAAUUACCUCAAGAAUUAGAAAUGUGUAUAGACGAGGGUGUUCUCAACUUAAGAGCAAUAGAUACGGGUUUUUUUAAUGUAUCUACUGUGCUAUAACUAUAAACUGUCUUGGACCUUGCUACUCCCAACUGCAAAAUGUAUGACAUUGUGAUAA